AUGCCAUCUACUACCACGCCUUCCACCACCCCCUCCUCCACUCCUCAAUACAAACUCAUCUUCCGCGUGCCCCCCUCCCACCUCGAACCCUGCAAACAAGCCGUUUUCGACGCCGGCGCCGGCGCCUACCCCGGCGGCAUGUACGCCGACUGCUGCUGGGAAGUCCUGGGCAUGGACCAAUUCCGACCAACCGACAAGGCCUCCCCUUUCAUCGGGCAACCGGGCCGACUGGAGCGCGUGGCCGAGUAUCGGGUGGAGACGCUGUGCGUGGGCGAGGAUGUGAUGCGGGAGUCGGUGAAGGCGUUGCGCAAGGUGCAUCCGUACGAGCAGAUUGUGAUUGAGGUGGUGCAGUUGAUUGAUAUUGAUGGGAAGGAGUUUUGGUGA